AUGUUGGUCCGCAGUCCGCGGCAGCGGUUCUCCGUGGCUUCCAGCCGGUGGAUCGGGGCUGCAGGACCCCGCGGGACGCGGGGAACCGCUCAGCAGACGCCCAGAAGGCGGUGCGCCUGGCUCCGCCACCCGCAAGCUCCUGGCUGCGCCUGGGCUCCGGCCCGCGUAUCCCGGAUCACCGCGCCCUUAGCGGACACGAGGCAGUGGACCCUACGCCGGCUCCCUUCGGAGCCACUUCUGCGCCUUGGCCAGAAGCCAGCCCUAACGCGACGAGGGCCGCCGGAGGGCCGCGGGGACACUGCCACAGACACUUGUUUGCAAGGCUCAGCCCCGGCGCGCGCGGCGCUUGGAGCAGGUCCGCCUCCUCGCCGCCGGGUGGGCGGUGACGCCCGCGCCUCACAGCCGGGCUCCUCCUCCUGCUCCUCCUCCUCGCCAGCGAAGCCUGGGCACCCGCUCCCUUGGGUCCCUGCCCCAGUCCCCCAGGGCCAGAGCGCAAGACUCGGGGACUGUGCGAGCCUGGCGCUCCCGGAGGAAGGCUCCUGGCUCCCCGGUGACAUCCUUCACCCUAGGAGCGAUCAGGUCGUUGCCCUUGGUGCUGAGGCGCCAUGCGCUCCCGGCGGACUUAGUUCCUCUACGGGGUUCUCCACCGGAUUAUUCCCGGCCUCAGCUGCCGCCUCUGGACACGCGCAUCCUCGUGACCAGACGAAAAAACGUUCUUGCUACUACGGGGGACCUGAGUACCCUCCGCGCAAAGAAGUGACCUUUCCUGGCCUGCCCUCGGCUCGUCCUCUUCCUCCCCAGCGCCACGCGUGGCCGAGACGCCGGGGAAACUCUACCGAUGCCCAGAGGAUGGGGGUGCCUGAUGACAGGGUGAUGAGCAGCCGCCUGAAACAGGCCAGACUUCGGGACCUCGAAGGGCAGGGACAGCAGAGCAGUCUGUGUCAGCUCCAGCAGCGACCGAUCUGCCCCCUCUUUUGGAUUAAAAGCCCCCAGUGGCAGGCUUUGUUUGCAAAGGUCGCUGUCUUCCUCAUCUUUCAUUCUCUACUUUUUCCCCCUGAUGCUCACAAUUCGCUCAUUUUACUUCUGUCUCCUUGCCUCUGUGGAGCCCACACACAAUAAAGGGACCGCACGACUAGCGGAUGCUUGGAGUGCGCCUUUCUUUACAUCCCAGUUUGACAGUUCGGUGUACAAGCAGGCGCGAGGCCGGCGCCAGAGAGCCCCAGCCGCCUAAGCGCUGCUGCGCCCCUGGGCUUCGCGGCCCGGUAGGAGCACUAACUGGCGUUUACACUAGGGUAAUCCAGCGCAAAAGGACACCCGGCGCGGGCGCUCGAUUUUCUGAGCCCUACUUUCUUUUCAGAGCCCGCUGGGAUGUGUAGUUCCUUCUCUCGCUGUCCAACUCUUGGAGGAAAUGUGACUUGAGGAUCUAAAACUACAAGUCCCUACAUCCCCUGCGACGAAGGCGGGGAGGCAAGGUACUGGGCUUUGUAGUAGUCAGCGUUUGAAGAGCCACAAAGACAGCUUUGGAAAAGGUACAUUCUCUGUGCGGGGUGGAUAUUUGCACACUGCCUGCGUUCUGUGUAAUCCUCACCACAACUCUGCGAUGCACUAUUGUACCAAACUCAAAGAACUGCUUGCCCAACACUACAGAGCUGCCCAGUGAUAGAGAUGGCACUGAACCCAGAGCUCUGUCUUUCCCUUACAAAGCAUGCCUCAGUGCUCAGUGUCAAAGGGAGAUAAGCUUGGCUAGCCAAAAGAGAAAAAGGAUGUAACCAGCUGGGAAAUGGGGGCGAUAGAAAUGGUAAUUAGAUGGGACAAGACAUUAAAAGCAAGUGUGAUUCUUAGGGGCUGGAUGGAGUUUUUUUCUUUGUUUGGUGAGUGGAUGGGUGCCUUUUAAAACUAAGUUCACACUAUUGUAGCGGGAGCUACUGUAGUAGUGUCCGGUUCCUGAUUCUCUGCCUUUUGCCUGCUGGGAUUACAAAUAUGUUCCACCAAGUCCAGCUAAGGGUCUUAAGUGGACAAUUGGAAUUGAUCUUGAAUUACUUGAGAUACUGCAUGACAGACAAGCGCAUUACAGAGACAACUAAGUGCUUGGUAAGUGUGCUUUAAAAAACAAACAAACAAACACAAAAACUACUCUGGCAUUUGAAGUCGAAGCUU